AGCUGGGGGGCGUGGCGUGGCUGCAUCACGUGACGCGGCCACGACCCGGAAGGGACCGUGGAUACCUUUGGAGGCCGAGGGGCUUUACCCGCGUUACCGGCGUUACCCGGGUAACGUUACCCAGUUUUCACCACCGCGUUCCCGGCGUUACCCGCGUUACCCGGGUAACGUUACCCAGUUUCCACCACCGCGCUACCGGGGCGAACGCCACCAGGGACCACGGUACCCGCGUCUCGCGAACAAAGUUGCCAAGCGUGAGCCGGGGUUACCCUCUGGGUUACCCAGCGCCAUGAGCUGGUGGGCACGACGCCAGGAGCCUGCGGCGGCGGCGCCUUCUGUUCUCCAGUCGCACCGACAGUUGCAGAUCCAGUCGCUGCAAGCAGCCAUACCGGGGACGGUGGAGAUGCAGAAGGACAUUGUGUAUAACGUGCCAGCAGUCAUCGACAACCAGACACUCACCAUCAACGUGUUUCUCCCACCACAGUUUCCCCAGGAUCGCCCGGUCGUGCACGUUAUGCCGUAUGUUCGUCACCCUUGGCUCAACGAGAAAUGUCAGGUCAUCGGCUCCCCUGCCAUCAAUGGGUUUGUUAUACAGUCUGACCUGGGAAAAGCAGUGGUCAGCGUCGUGGAGGAAUUCAGGACAAACCCUCCUUGUUUUGGAGCCUCUCGUGCUCCUUAUUCCACUCAGCCAACAGGCUUUGCUCCGCCUGCCGUGACCUCGCACUCUGACACGACCCCCUUGGGCAAGGACACGAGAACACAGGGCGUUGAAAGUUCAGACAUUUUUGCACAAGUGGCGGAGAUGAGCUUGUCGGAGCUGCGAGCACUCUCGGACUCUGAUGAGCAACUCGGGGCGCUCGUGCUCACUCACCCAGCCGUCGUGACAUUUUGGGAGGAGACGGUGGUGCAAGCGACGAGAAACGAGGCGCUGGCACAUGAAAACUUAUCCAUGAAACCUCAGCUGGAUUGCAGACGAAAUGAGUUUCUGCAAAAGUGUGAGGAGUUGAAUCGCUUCAAGUCGGCGUUUGACAAGAAGGUUGAAAAACAGCAUGAGAUGAAUGAGCUCCUAGGAGUGAGUGCAUUGGAGGCUCGUCUCAAAGUGGCCGCCCUCCAGGCGGAAGAAGAGUCCGAGGCGUCUGCCGAGCGCUUCCUGGAUGGGAGUUGCAGUCUUGAAGAUUUCCUGCCCGCGUUCAUGGAGGCACGAACGCUCUACCACAUGAGGAAAGCAAAGGAGGAGAAACUUCUUCAGCUACUGUGACGACCGCUCUCCCUCAGCAUCCCAGACCACACAAACUGGACUCUCUCAACCGUGGCGGGGGGGGAGCGACCGACACCUACGGGCCUCUCCGUCAGCCACAAUCGGAUAAAAGUGCGCGAUGGAGGGGUGUGGCCCUCGUCAUAGAAACGUGGAAUUGCCACCAAUGGCUCGGAGUGGCCAGCGGACAUGAGUGCUGCCUCAUGCCUCACUUGAGCACGGAGACACUUUGCCUUGUAUGUUUAAAAAAUCAAAAUAAAAUGUGCUGCCUUGGCAGAUUUGCGAGUUGUAUAUAAA